CGCUCGUUGGCGGGCGGACGUUGUCGCAAGAGCAGACGCAACGGUGUGAGAGAGAGAGAGAGAGCGAGCGAGCGAGGGAGCGAAAGAGAGCGCGUGCACUAAAAAUAUUUAGUGCAGAAUCGAAAUUUGUAAACGCAUUGAACUGUUCAAAGACACAAAAUAUUUAUAAUUGUUGCUGUUGCUGUUUUGUUUUUUUUUUUAUUUUUUUUUUGUUGUUGCUGUUGCUUGUAAAUUGAAAGUGGCACAGUGGCGCAGUUGAAUGUCACGGGGGAGAGUCGACAUAAAUAAAGAGAAAGCGGGAGUCUCAGGAAUCGCAAACUAUAAAUAGAAGCCCAGAAGACUGAAAGCAGAAAAAAGAGAGACAAGCAGGCCCAAGAACGCGGACGCGUGGGCAGCAAACAAACAGAUAUUGCAACACCAACAAAGUUGAGAUAAACAAUUAGUUGGCUGCUUGCCAGGCACACACAGAGAGCGAGAGCGAGAGAGAGAGAGAGAGCGAAAGAGAGCGCGACUGUCACCAUUGGCCAGUGGACAGCCAACAGGUGGAAGCAAGAGCAACAGCAGCAGCUGAUUGCCAGCCCCAGCAGCUGAGUCAGCCUCAAGAGCAAUGUCAAAGCAACAACAGCAGCAGCAGCAGCAGCAGCAGCAGGAUCAGGACGCAGAUGCACAGGAGGAAUACGAUCCACUGGCAAAUCUAUUGAGUCUGCAACUGCGCAAACCCGCGCACUGGAACUGGGAGCUGAGCACCUCGCGCAGUUGCAACAACAUUGCCCUGCCUCGCAUCUUGCUCUACGACCACGAGGGCACGCUGCUGCUCCAAACAGACGGACGCAGCGAGCAAACUUAUCGCCAGCAGCAGCAGCAGCAACGCAGACGCAAACGAGCAGCCACCAGCAAUCUGGAGCAGAGCUUGCAGCAGCAGUCGCAGUCGCAGCUGCCGCAGGAGUUCCAUGGACUGCAGAUAGGCGAGGCGACUCCCACGCGCAGCAGCAGCGCUGCAAACAGCUGGACAGACAGCCAUAGACAGAGACAGCAACAGCAACAGCGAGAGCGACUGGCGGGCAGCUGCAUCGACUUUAGCACACACGAGCUGCCCGACUGGCAGCCACAUGAAGCCGCCAGCUCGCGUCGCUCCAGCUCGCUGCGUGGCGUGCGCUUCGAGGAUGAGCAGCCGCAGUCGCCAGUGUCGCCAGUGUAUCCAACGCCGCCAUCGACAUCCACGCUGACCACCACAGCCAACUCGUCGUCGUCGGGGCCGCGCGAGAAGCGACGCUAUCGCCGCUCGCAGAGCAGCGGGCAGCGCUCCAUAUUGGAGCGCUUCAGCAUGUCGCGUGGCAGGCAUUCGUCGCCCGAAUAUGCGCAGGAGACGCAGCUGGAGCAUGCGCCGCGUUAUUAUCUGCGCAGCAGCAAGGCGGGCACGCUGGUGAUCAAGGAGGAGAGCUUCAGUCGCUUGCGGCAGCGCCGCAGACGCCAGAAGUGUUCGUCCAGCGAAAACAUGCUCAGCGCUCAGGCCGAGCGCAGCAGCAGCGUCGUGCAGGUCGCGGCGCGCAGAGUACGCACGCGGGAGCGGCAGCAGCCACAGCCACAGCUGUCCAGCUCGGAGGCAGAGGAGCAGCAUGAGGAGCGGGCAAGAGGCAGGCAACCGCGCUUGCGACGCAAUCAGCGCAAUUGUGGCAAGGAUGCUGCAGCACAAGAGCUUAUCACGGUCGAUCCGGGGAAUUGUGUACAACGCGCCACGGCACGCUAAUGACGUUGCAUAGCCAUGAUGACGCCAGCGACUCACACAUACGUAUGCAUAUGCAUAUGUAUGCAGCUCACCUCGUUCCUCGCCGCAGCGGCAUUGUUUUUGUUGUUGUCCAUUGUAUAAAGAAGAAAACAAAACACAACUAAGUAGCACAUAAACCAAAUACA